CUGAUAUAGUGAAUGCUGGGGGUCCGGGGAGAGCAGAUAUAGUGAAUGCAGGGUCCGGGGAGAGCGGGAUAGAGUGAAUGGCAGGAUAAAGUGACAUGGGGGUCCAGGGAGACCAGAUAUAGUGAAUGCGGGGUCCGGGGAGACCAGAUAUAAGUGAAUGCGGGGUCCGGGGAGAGCCAGAUAUAGUGAAUGCGGGGUUGGGAGACCGGAUAUAGUGAAUGCGGGGUCCGGGGGGAGAGCGGAUAUAGUGAAUGCAGGGUCCGGGGAAAGCAGAUAUAGUGAAUUGCAGGGUCCUGGGAGAGCAGAUAUAGUGAAUGCGGGGUCCGGGGGGAGACCAGAUAUAGUGAAUGCGGGGUCCGGGGAGACCAGAUAUAGCUUGAAUGCAGGGUCUGGGGGAGAGCAGAUAUAGUGAAUGCGGGGUCCGGGGAAGCAGAUAUAGUGAAUGCGGGGUCCAAGGAGAGCGGAUAUAUUGAAUGCAGGGUCCUGGGGCCGAGAGCAAAUAUAGUGAAUGCGGGGUCCAAGGAGAGCAGAUAUAGUGAAUGCGGG